AUGAGCAAUACCAAGCGCCAGCAAAUGAUCUGGCCCGAUCCUCUCGUCAUCAACCCCACCGCAACCCACACGCACAGCAUCAUCCUCCUCCACGGCCUGGGCAGCAACGCCGAACGCUUCGGUCCAGAGCUUCUGAAAGCCACGACCUCCUCCUCCUCCGCCACCUCCACUACCUGCUGCGACGACAGCAAGGCUGGAACACUCACCGACCACUUCCCAACCGUCAAAUUUAUCUUUCCCACCGCCAAAAAGCGCCGGGCCACCGUCUUCAAGCGCAUGCCCAUCAACCAGUGGUUCGACAACUUCUCCCUCCAGGAUCCAUCUAAGCGCCAAGAUCUGCAGUACGACGGCUUGAAGGAGACGAGCGCAUUCGUGCACAAGCUAAUCGCGGACGAAGCGAAGCUGGUUGGUGGGGCGUCGCGUGUGGUUAUCGGGGGGUUGAGCAUGGGGUCUGCGGCUGCAUCUCAUGUCUUGCUUAACUUUCAGAACGAUGGAAAGGAGGGAGAAAGGGAGGCGCUGGGAGGAUUUGUAGGGAUGAGUGGGUGGCUGCCGUUUGCUGAGGUGUUGGAUCCGAGGGAAGGAGGAGGGCAGCAAGGCGAGGGGGAAGAGGAGGAUCUAUUUGGCGCUGGUGGUGACGAAGAUGUCUCUCUCGACAACCUUCAGCUGCAAGCAGCAAAUACAGCCCGUGAUAUCGCGUGCUUGCCCCCACUAGCCGCUGAGGAUGUUGCACUCUUUCCGCGAACGCCUAUCUUCCUCGGACAUGGACGGAAUGAUGAGAAAGUUUCGGUAAAUCUGGGGCUGUCGCUUGUGAGGAACAACAUCAUCCUCAGUUGCAAGAAAAUUGGCAUAAAGGUGCAGUAG